UGGAUCAGAUGUGCUGAGGGCACCAAUGAUUGACUCUGGGAAAACAAACUGGCAAUGCUCACCCGAGGCCUAAUUUUUGCAUAGUUAAUGCAUAGAACUUAAAACGCCGCAUGCAAAAAUUGCCUUCGUUUAGUCUCCGUCGCUUGUGUAUCUGUAUCGAACUUGUGGGCUAAAUUACCGCCAAGUCAUGUGACUUGCCUGCCUGUAUAUCGACCCAUUUCGACGUGAAAAUGAAAAGGAUAUGCAGAUUUUGGAGCCAAAUUUGUCCAGUUUUCUAGCUUGAAGAACGCCAGACAGGUAAAAGAUGCUACCUACUGCCAAAAUGAAGUUGUCGGAAUUGAAUCCACAUCUAAUAUGUGUCCUGUGUGGCGGUUAUCUUAUAGACGCAACGACCAUAAUGCGAUGUCUACAUUCAUUUUGUAAAACGUGUAUUGUCCACUAUCUACAAACGAGUCACUAUUGUCCAGUAUGUACAGGUCUGGUGCACAAGAAGAAUCCAUUCUCGGAACUAAGAUCAGACCAUCUUCUGCAGAACAUUGUGUAUAAAGCUGUCCCUGGAUUGUUCACAGAUGAGAUGAAUAGAAGGCGAGCCUGCUAUAAAAGCAAAGACCGAGAAACAGAAAUCAAUAUCGUGGGUCAACGCUCGGUAGAGAUCGGCAGACGGAUAAUUAUCUCCCCUGAAGAAAAAAUUAGUCUUUCACUUGAAUUUUCAACAAAUCUGACAUCUUGUGAGGAUAUUGAGGGAGAAAACCAGACAAUAGAUGUCCGAUACUUGCUGUGUCCGGCUGCAGUGACCAUCGGGAAUCUGAAGAAAUUUCUGAGAUUGAAAUUUUCGUUGGCCGACACCUAUCUUAUUGAUCUUUACCAUGAAGACGAGGUUUUACUGGACAGUUAUAACUUGGUGGAUGUAGCGUACAUUUCUACAUGGAACGGGAAAGAUGUCUUGAAGCUCUGCUACGCUAUCUAUGAAAACCCAGCAAAGAGACUAAAAAGGGCGAAAUCCAUUGAUAAUGUCAGAUGUAAUAAUGACGAUUCUGGUAUUGAGGAUGGUAACCAGAGCUUCGAGUCUAGUCCAAGCGCCGAUACAAGCUUGCUUAAUGACAGCGGACAGGGUCUUGAGUGUGACAUGAGUAAGAGCGAGGAUUUGAAAUUUUCAGAGAUGUCUGCUGAUAACUCUAUGGACGAAAGCAAUACUACAGUCGAGCCAGCUGUCAGUGAACAGAAUGACAGUAAGACAAUCAGUGACACCGAAAACAAGUGUGAUCUAAAUAAAGAAAGUGUUCCGAAUGAAAAUCCUGCGCCAUAUUACAUGUGUUCUAAUGACGUAUCAUUAACAUCCGUUAGCAAUACGAAUGAUCGUACUUCCGGUAGUGGCGAAUGCCCGGAAGCGAUGGAGUCAUUAUUCAAGGACGAGGAGGAUGUGGUUAUUGACAAACUAGACGAAACAGUGAAUAGGAUUAUCGCCGAGACGGACAAUGAGACCGAUGCCGUGGAUCAUUCCGUGGAAAAAAAGACAAUAGACGUUAGGAGGUUCUCUAAUGCUUCAACCGAAACGGAAACACAUGAUUCGAGUGUGUCUGUUCAAACGGACGUACAAUGUUGUAGUGAUUCCUUGGGUCUCACUAUUAGUGUGGAACAAACGCAUACGUGUACGCAGACGCAUGACAGUAUAUCCGGUUCGAAUGGUGGUUCUACCGAUGUGGGGAUGCAAACUACCCCAGUUUCUUCUCCCGCGAAACCUUGCAGUGUCCAGGAUAAAGGCACGCAGCACAACGGUUGUGAGUCCGAACGGCCGGACAAGAUAAAGUCCCAUUCCAAGACCGAUGAUAAAGGAAGCAAGGAAUCAGAUAAGUCGUGUUCUGGUGUGUGCAAUGGUCACAGUGUAAAACCAAGGAACGAAAAACUAGUUGUCAAACUCAGCAAGGAGAAGGAUUCCGAAUCUUAUACGGCGACAAUUUCAUAGAAAACCAUAUAUGAACGUCACUGUUAAAAAAAGAGUCCGUGUGUGAUAAAGUUAGGUAGAGGUAACAUGUAAGUGUAUCAUUUGAAAAUAGAAACCAAAGACUAUAUAUAGGUCUGAGCAUGAACAUUGAUUAAAAACUAAGACAGUUGUUGCACUGUUUUGCAAAUGAUGGAAUUGAUACAUCAUCUAUUUGUUCAUUUCUAAAAAUAGAAAUACGCAUGAUUUUUUAGUUUUCUUUUUAUAAGGAAUAUUUGUAUUAUUAGCUCAACUACAAAAAUUAAUAGCAAACACAUACAAAGUAUCAUCUAUAGGUGAGUCUCAACUAAGUGUCUCGUAUUUACUUCACAUGUUCCCAUGGUGUAGGAUGAUACCAUAAUAAAUGAAGUGCUAUUUGCCGUGAUAUUGAUAAAUGAAGUAUAGAUUGUUGAAAUUGUUAAAUCUAUUUAGGCAAACCAAUACACAAAUGCAUUUCAUGCUCCUUGUUUGUACUUCCAAUUCACUUUGAGCAUAGUAAAUGAUAUUUGCCUCUAGUAAAAAAACAAUUGUAUAGAUUGAACAUAGUAUGAAUUAUAAUCACACCUCCCUAUUGUCAAACACUUAAAGCGUAAGAGAAUACCCAUCAAACAUGUUAUAAUCGAGUUUGAAAUUGAUUUCUUCCAAGGAGUUGUUUCCCUUACUGUCCUGUAAUGUAUCAUCCAUGUUACUGUAAUACUUACAUGACAUCUGAAAUUAAAUAUUAUUCACAGGAACUAAGUACACUAAAAGCUUUAGAUUCAUUUCAACCAUAAUUUACUUUCGUUUUAUCAGAAUCUAUUGUCUUUCAUUCACAGAUUAUCAGAAAUUGAAGCAUUUAGAAAAUCAAAAUUAAAGAUAUCACCCUUUGUAAUAUGUAAGUGUACAAACUAUUUAGUUUUUUGUUCUUUAUUCCGUAAUGUAUAAAUGUAUAUAGUCCUAAUGAAAUAACUAUUUUUUCGAUGUUAUUAACAUUAUGUGUGUCCAAUGAAAAUAUCUUGAAUACAUAGUAACUUUAAAUUUCACAAUGUUACAUCGAGAAAGCAAUACUUCAAACAAAAUCGUUACUCCUAUUGUUAAACAUCGUGUUAUUACAUUGAUGUAUUCAACAUCCCGUUUUAGUCAUCAUAUAGUUUAGAAUACAUUCCUUUAAAAACCCUAUUAGCGUAAAAAUGUUUAUUCAUUCUGUGGGUUGCACGAAGCAGAUUAUUUUAUAUAGCAUCAUACAUGUUCAUAAAACUGUUACAUAAUUCCAAUUAUUUAAAUGACUUAAAAUGACAAUGAUGUGGAUAAGCUCUCCUCAAUGAUAUUAUUCAUACGUAAGUGAUGGUAAUGAUUAAUAAAAGGGUAUUUUACGUUUAAGUAAAAAAUACCUGUUGAAAACAGUUCAAAGGUUUAAGUUAUGAUCAAUUUAAAAUAAAUAUUGAACAUGUUAUUUUCAAUUUUAAAACAAAACAACAUAGUAUGGAUAUUAUAGGAUUAUGAUACCUGGUCAUUGGGAUUUUCAAUCGUAUUUAAUCUUCUUUAUAACUUCUACAUGUACCUACUUUUGGUAGAUUCGGUUUCUGUAAAUAUGAAAUAGUAUUGCAUAAAUAAACAUAGUUAAAAAUUAAUUGGUAAAUUUUAUUGAAAAUGUGUCAAAUAACUUUUUUAUUGUUUCAUUGUUCAAUUAGAAUAACAUAUAUGUUGCUUUAACUAAUUUAGGAUUCAUUUCUUCAAGACAAAUACACAACAGUUUUCAUUAAAGACGAAAUAUAAAAUGAUGGUUAACAAAAGAGAUCAGAAGCUUCCUUUCACCAUAAAAGUAUAAUAUGUAUAUAUAUAUAUAUAUCGAUUGUAAUAGAAUUUAUCGCAAUUACUGCAAGGAUUAGUAUUGGAAAGGUAUUUCUAUGGAUAAUUUCUAGUGGUUGUACCAAAAAAAAGAUUCAUUUUUGCUGGAAUUAUAAAAUUGAACAAAAGGUUCUCUGUUUGUUUUUUUCUCAAUUCUUAUCAAAUUAUGCUCUCCGUAAAAAUAUACCUUUGUAUAUAAUGCAUUUUAUAGUUUGUAACUGGCUUAAAAUAAUUUGAAACUUGAAUAUUUUAACCUAUCAUAUAUCUUUUCUUCAAUAACAAUAUGAUCUUCAUCGUUAAUGCCUUUCCUGCAGAAUACCAAUUUUAAAAUAUAUACGCUAAGAAGGUGCUAAUAGAAAGUAGUCUGGAUUAUGUUGAUAUUUUAAUACCUUCGAAAUCAUAUUAUGUAUAUACUUAUGUUUCUAAAAAUCAUUGUACAUAUUGACUUAAUUUCUCAAUACCAAAUUAAACAAAUAUUUUUGUAAGCAAACCAGACACAUACGUGGAUGAUCAUCGCUGAGAUGAUUGUCUUUUUUUAGCAAAUAAACAAAAAUGACCAUGAGAUAUUAUUGAUGAAAUUUAAAUACCAUCUUGAACUGUUUACAUGUACAUGUCACAUACGUUUAACAAUGAAAACAUAACCACGCUAUUUUGUAUUAAAGUGUUCUCAAAAUGAUAUGUUAUCAAUAACAAAUUAGGAAUUCUCAAAAGCCAACUUCUAACAAAAAUCCCCUUUGCAUCACCAAGACAGAAUUAGCAUACACAUUUUCUCCUCUGCGUUAGUGAGGAAGUAAGUUGCAGCAGAGUAACAUAUUUCAAAUAUAGCAAUCCUAAUUUAUCGUAGGGAUAUCAAUAUAAACUCAAUUUAAAUUCAUGGUAUCAAUAUCUCCACUUUGUCAGUGUCAUCGUACAUAAAAUAAGCAUUAUACAAAAACAAAUCACACAUUUUGUUAAAACUUUUGUUUCAUUCCAUAUCGUGGAAUUUGGUUAACAUGUCAAAUAAUCACAUUUGUACGUGAAUAACAUGUUUAGAUGGCGGCCACCGAUAUAUCCAUGAGGUGUCCAUGACCCUAAGUGCUCAUCAUAUACUAAUUUAAAGCUAUUUUUAGAUCAGCGUUCGCGAAAGCAUGCAUUCGCAAAUAUGUCUGUCUGAAGAGGUAAGUUCAGGAAAUAAAGUAUUCGUGACAUCUAGGUGAUUUCUAUCGAGGUGUCGUAAACAUAACCAUAUAUAACAAUGUAAGCAUCCCAUUAUUCUGUACAAAAAUAUCAAAACAACACCUGCAUUUAUUAUUAUGGCAGCCCAUCAAUGCAAUUCGGCCAGAAACAGUGAAACACUACACUGUUUGCUCAAUAUGAUAUUACAUAUUACACAAUGCAAACACAUGGUAGCCCACCCAUGCAGAACAUUCAUAGAAUAGUGAUGUCCUCACUUUAAUCAUCCUUUUCAAAGCCGCCAUUGCUAUAUUUAGCAUAGAGACAUAUCCUCGUUGUAGUACAUUGUUUGUUCUAUCAUUUUAGUAGUUAGUACACACAUGUAUAUGAGUUAUGUGCAGAACACACAGAGAAAAGUUGCUAGUUCCAUUAUCAUAUACUAGAUACAUUGUAUUUUUGUUUCCGAAAUUAUAGCAGAUGGGGUGAUUAUUUCAUCGUAGUUAUUAUGGCUUUUGUUAAUUGUCAAAUAUCUCUAUUGUUUGUUUGUUUGUUGAAUAUUUUAGAAUAAAAAAUUAUUAAAAAUUCAA